GUUGGAUGUGCGAAGGCGAGGCCGGGGGUUCCAGUACUUGGUGUAUUGGGAGGGGUACGGGCUAGAGGAGCGUUCAUGGAUCUCCCGCUCCCUUAUUUUGGACCCUGAUCUUCUUAGGGACUUUUAUGCUAGGUAUCCGGACAGGCCUGGUAGGACGCCAGGAGGCGUCCGUUGAGGGCGGGGUACUGUUAUGAUUCUGUUUUGGUUUUGUUGUGUGCUCUUUUUGUGUUUUUUCUUGUCUCCCCCCUCCCUUCUCUGUUUUCCUCUGCAGGGAUAGAGUGUGACAGGGAGUUGGCUGGCUCCUCCCAGCAGCAGACGAGGCACACCUGUUUCCACUCUCCUCUUCACCUGUUGAUAUAAAAGCCCGGUCCUCAUGACACUUCCCUGCCAGAUAAUUACUUUGUGUUCGACCCUCCGGUGUGUCUCGCUGCUCUCCUCGUCCCUGUGAUAUUUUUGCUUGGAUUUUUUCCUCCUGUCCCUGAUGUCUCCGUGCCAGCCAGCUUCCUGCCUCCACUGCCGUUUUUCUGUGCCUCUGCUUAAAAUAAACUUUUUGUUUUUGACCAUCUCUCUCUAAGUCUUUUGCUUUGGGGUCCAAUGUCUCUAGGCCGUAACAAUACUGGCUUUUUAAAAUCAAAAUAAGUUAUUCUCAGAUGGAUCGGCCAACACUGUUUGACUUCCACGGAGUCUCCAUGAUCAAACAAUUCACUGACAGCUGGGAGGAGGUACAGAACUUCAAAGCGAGACCAGAUGAUAUUGUUAUAGUUAGUUAUCCUAAAUCAGGAACAACAUGGACCUGUUACCUCAUGGAUCUACUGUUUUUUGGGAAGACAUGUCCAGAGCGCCUCCUGUCAAUCCCUCUUCAGGAGAGAGUGCCGUUUCUGGAGAUCAGCAGGACUUCCCCUACACCAGAAUAUUUACAGAAAGGUACAGACUUGUUAGACCAGCUCACAACUACUCCUCGUCUGAUUAAAACUCACCUGCCAGUCCAGUUUCUACCUAAGUCCUUCUGGGAGCAGAACAGCACGAUAAUCUAUGUGGCUCGCAAUGCAAAGGACACUGCUGUGUCGUAUUACCAUUUUUGCCGCAUGAAUUAUUGCAUGCCAGAACCAGCUGAUUGGAGCACAUUUCUACAGAAUUACAAGGAGGGAAAGGUGUCAUACGGCUCCUGGUAUGACCAUGUGAGUGGCUGGUGGGAGAUGAAACGGAGUUAUUCGAAACUUCACUACAUGUUCUACGAAGAUCUGUCUGAGGACACGGGACGAGAGAUGGACCAACUCUGUUCCUUCCUUGGGUUAUCUCUUUCAGCUGAGGAGAAGGAAAAUAUCCUAACCAGAGUGAAGUUUGACAAUAUGAAAACGAACAAGAUGACCAACUUUUCCACAAUCCACCAUAUGGAUCAAACCGUGUCUCCUUUCAUGAGAAAAGGGAAAGUUGGUGACUGGAAGAACCUCUUCACUGUAUCCCAGAAUGAAAAGUUUGAUGAGGACUGCAAGCAGAAACUGAAGAAUCCUACACUGCAGUUUCGUUACGAUGCAGAGGCGGCAAGUGUGGCUCGGGAUAUGGAAGGCUAACAUUUGAUCAAUUGUUCUGCUUGUUUUAAGCACCACAGAAGACGUUUUUAUGUUAACAACAGCAGUUGUAUGCACCUAUUUGCUGAACAUAUAAUAUUGUAGAAUUGGCAUGUUUUAUAAGGCUACUUCUAGGGGGAAUUGGUGUGCAAUGGAUAAGGGACCAAACAUGUAGAGACGGCUAAGCCUUCAUACCCACCUUGUUUAGAGACAGGCCUGCUGUUUAAAAUGUCCUGAACUGUGAUUAUUUUCCAUUUGACUGCAUUUUAUAAA